AUGUCGCCCGACCCAGAGAAGACGAAAAAGCCACCCCGUAAACAUGUCACCACAGCCUGUGUGCCAUGUCGGGAGAGCAAAAUUAGGUGCGACGGAGCAACUCCGAACUGCCAGAAUUGUCAGCGCAAGGGAAAAGAAUGCAAAUACCAACAUGGAGACGAUAAGCGCAAAGUAUCUCUUCGCGCAUCAACGGAGCUGUUCUCAGCUCGAAUUGACCAGCUUUGUCAGUUUAUCCAGGAGCAGGGUCUGCAGCCACCGCCCAUGAAUCCAGAGGACGAGGCUGGCAUGAAUAGGGUUUUGGAUACCCUCCAGAUCCCGCGCGGAUUCCAUCAAGUCUCAGCAGUAGCCGCUGAAAAGCGAGCAGAUGAGCCAAAGACCUCUGCUGUCUCAAGCAAAUCUCUAUCCCAAGAUCCGCCUAGUGUAAAUCCCAAGGAACAGACCCAGAUCACCAAUUUGGUUGCCUCAGGUGCAUCCCCAGUGCAAGAUAGCACCUCUAGCGGAAAGGGCGUGUCACCUGAGGGCUGGAAUCCAUUCGGAAUGGUACAAGGCGCUUCUGACAAUCAAAACUUCGUCCAUUGGGGCUUCACUUUGCCAACGGCUGAAAGUCUGGACACGAUUUACGCCAAUCUCAACGGAGGACCGGGAGUCCCUUCAUUGCCUAAAAUCCCCGUCAACGCAGAAUUGAGCCCGGAUAGCUACCAGCUAGGCAUGGACAUGGCUCAACAGCCAGGGGUUUUGCUAGGCCAGCUACCUCUUGAAGGAGAAAAUGACUCCGACAGCGGCGAAGAGGACGAAGCUGAAAAUGACGUUAUUGAGCAAUUGUCGCACCGAAUUGGCACUUUGAAAAUUGCAGGUGAUGGCCACCUGCGAUUCUACGGUGCCACGUCAAAUCUCAAUCUGGUGGACGUGUCUGCGACACAGCAGCGACAGCGACCAGACGCACGGACUGUGCGCCACGAUGGGCAGGACAUUCUGAAUCACCUUCGGGUCGGUCAACCUGUCAAUCAAGCCUUGGAGGAUCAUCUCGUGGAACUAUACUUCACCUGGCAGAACCCUAGUACAUACAUUGUCGACAAAGAAAUGUACAUGAUGGCACGAGAUAAAUGGCGCAACGAAUUGGAUGAUACUCCGUUCUACUCGGAGGUUUUGACUAAUGCAAUGUGCGCGAUUGGGAGUGCCUUCGAGGCGCGCUACCACCCCACAUUCAUCACUUUCCCCAAGUCUCUCUCUGAGUUCUUUGCAGACCGUGCUAAAGCCCUUCUGGAAAUUGAACUCGAUUCUCCUUGUGUGGCUACUGUGCAGGCCCUUGUCAUUAUGAGCUGCCAUGAAGGGGCAUCAAACCGCGAUGCUCGAGGUUGGCUGUAUAGCGGAAUGUCUAUGCGGCUUGCUUUCGAUCUUGGUUUACACCUAGAUAUGACGGCCUACGUUCACAAGGGUGAUAUCACCCAGUUCGAAGCUGAUGUGCGUCGUGCAGCCUUUUGGGGAAGCUAUGUCGCAGACCACUUCUGGGGCUUCUACUUGGGCCGCCCGUUCCGCAUGAACGCUGGAGACAUUGGUGUUCCAAAACCUGCCUCUGCUAUUUGUCCUGAAAAGGAAGAAAACUGGUAUCCAUACGGCCAUCAAGCUGCUCAUGGGCUAUCUGAGAACGGCCUGAGGAAUCCCAUGGAGCUAAUAUGCAGGCAAUUUGUCGUUCUAUGGGAGAUGAUCUCCCCUGUUGGUCAUAUUUUGUAUGGAUGUUCUGACAUCUCUCGGCACGACUUGCAAAGAAUCUGUUAUCAAGUGACAGAAGAUUUGUUCGCCUGGAAAGCAAAUCUGCCCUCUAGCCUUCAGAUUGAUCUGGAGGAUGAUAAAUCACCGAUAUUGCCUCAUUUGAUGAUGCUCCACAUGCAAUACCACCAGAUCAUUAUUUUCUUCCACCGCCCAUGGCUCUCCAAAAGCUAUAUCCAGCCACGCAGCCCUCGUCAAGGACCCGGGUAUCACCACGCGCGGCGCAUGUGCGUGGAGUCAGCUACCGUCAUCGCACGACUACUCCAACUAUUUGAGAAACACUACACCUUCCGCCGCAUGAAUAACCAAGUCGUAGCGAUAAUAUUCAGUGCUGCACUGAUGCUUCUUUUUGUAACGGUAUCCAGUUCUCCAAUGAGUCCAGGCAAGGGCGACAGCCCGCCAUACGCGCGCAGCACGGAGAUGGUAGCAUAUCUUAACCUGUGCUUCCGUGCUCUCGAUGAACUUGGCCAAUCAUUCGAUAAUGCCAAACGCACCCGCGACUACCUCGUUACUCUUCAGCGACGUUGGCAAGCAAACAUGCGCCGAUCCGGCUCUGCGACGAAACGCCAAAACAGCAGUGCUAAUUUGGUCUCGCUGGGCUUGCAGAAGCCGUCUUCACAACACAACCGGGCUGCUAAUGCGCACGGAAUAGAAGGCUCACGGAAGAAAUUCCGUUUGUCUGUUUCUGGAGCCCCUCCCCAGAUGCAGUCAACAGGACCUGUGACGACCAACCAAUACUCCGGUAUCUCUAAGCAAACCAUGCCUCCUCAUCACCAAUAUCACCAGCAAGGCUCUUAUCAACAACAAGCUCCCUUCUCCGUCUCAGUUCCCGAUUCCCAGCUAGGCGAUCUAGACUGGAUCCCAAACUCGGACAUGCGUCUUUUGUCAGAGGCUCAAAAUGGCAACGCACUAAAUGGGAUGGGCCAGAUCACUUCUCCUCACUUCCCCGGCGACCCCAGCAUGCUUUCAGAGAUCGCGGACAUUGAUGGGUGGUGGACAUCGGAAAACUAUCCGACGACCUCAAUGCCACCAUGA